AAGGGUAACUGUCACUGAAUUCAGCGAGGGCUAUUCAAUUAAUUAAGCUGAAUCUUUACACAUUUUUCUGGUUAUAUACUAGUAUGUUUUACGGGGCGACGAUUCCAACCAAGUGGGGAAAAGGGAGAAUCAACCAAUUUAUCAAAGCUGGAGAUCCUUUAUUCCGUUUUAAUCCAUAGAGCAUUUAGGAAUUACUGUAUUUUUAAUCUUAAGAAAAAUGUACCAACUUCUAUUCUUCGCAAUAGAGACCCACACGAAAUCAAAUAGAGCUCCCAGGAUCCGUUGCAGUGUAUCUGUUACUAUAAACAAACAUAAUCAGCGUUGUCCAUAGUUUUUUAUACUUGCUCCUUCCGAGGUAGUGGCUUGUCCGGAGAAUGGCAUAACCUCUGGGCCUGAUCCUACUUGAACAAUUUAAAGUUUUCACCUCUUAAAAGGUGAGGUAGUUACGCUCUCACUUUUGUCUGUUCGUUACCGCUGUUUUGCUUUUUAAUUGUGCGGCAAUUUGCUAGCAACUCCAUGAAGAUAAGAGCACUCAUUUCCAGUGGUAUUUGACUUCUUGUUAUAUUUUACGGUCUCUCCCUUUCCCUCUGCUCGCCCCUCCCUUCUCUUUUAAAUUUCCCUCCUGGCUCUAAUUGAUUUUUUUAAAGGCUUACAGAACACUUUCUUUCGUAUUAAGUCUUCUUGCUCCUCCAGCGUGCCUUUCCUUUUUCUGCGGUCACUCCUGGGCUGUUGCGCGCCUUUACGCACGCCUCUCCCUCCCCGCGUCUUUUACCACUCCGCCUCCCUCCGGAGGAGCAGCAGCGUGUGCCUGGUGCCUAGGAGGGUAAUCCCCUCUUCUCCCCCCACCACUGGCCAUUGGCUUGCCCUGCUACGGCUCCCCCCUCACUCUUUUGCUUGAUCAUGUCCAGCCCCCGAUGACUGUCCAUUGGCGUGGCGCACAGCUUCCCUCCUCCCCUUUCCUCCAGUUUCGCCCUGCCCAUGUUUUGUAUGUCUCUGUCCAUCCAGCCGCUUGACGUUCAAGUUCGUAGGGACGUCACGUCCGCACUUGAACUUGCAGCUCAGGGGGGCUUUUGCCAUUUUUUUCAUCUCUCUCUCUCUCUUCUUUUUCCCCCCUGUCUGUUUCUCCCUCUCUUGCACAGAAAGGAAAAAAAGAAAAAGAAAAAGCCAUGACUGCUAUCCCACAAUUCAUCUUCCCCGCGCCAUCUUUGUAUUAUUUCUAAUUUAUUUUGGAUGUCAAAAGACAUUGAUGAAGGUAUUUUCUCUGGAGUCUCCCUCCUUGCUCACCCGGCGCUUCCCGAUGUGAUCCGAGCGAGAGAGCUCCGUGCGCGCCCGCCCGAGCAACCAACACCACAAUGUCUCGCCGCAAGCAAGGGAAACCCCAGCACUUAAGCAAACGGGAAUUUUCGCCCGAACCUAUUGAAGCCAUUCUUACAGACGAUGAACCAGAUCAUGGUACUUUGGGAGCUCCAGAAGGCGACCACGACCUCCUUACCUGUGGCCAGUGUCAGAUGAACUUCCCUUUGGGGGAUAUUCUUAUUUUUAUUGAGCACAAACGGAAACAAUGCAAUGGCACUCUUUGCCUAGAGAAGGCUGUGGAUAAGCCCCCUUCACCCUCGCCAAGCGAGCUGCGAAAAACUUCCAAUCCCGUGGAGGUUGGCAUCCAGGUCACACCUGAGGAUGACGAUUGUUUGUCAACAUCAUCUAGAGGAAUUUGUCCUAAGCAGGAACAUAUAGCAGGUAAAGAUGAACCCAGCAGUUACACGUGUACAACAUGUAAACAGCCAUUCAACAGCGCCUGGUUUCUCUUGCAACAUGCACAGAACACUCAUGGAUUAAGAAUCUACUUAGAAAGUGAACAUGGAAGUCCUCUGACACCGCGGGUUGGUAUCCCAUCAGGACUAGGUGCAGAAUGCCCUUCUCAGCCACCACUCCAUGGGAUUCACAUUGCAGACAAUAAUCCUUUUAAUCUUCUUAGAAUACCUGGGUCAGUCGCGAGAGAAGCAUCAGGUCUUGGAGAAGGCCGUUUCCCUCCCACACCUCCUUUGUUUAGUCCCCCUCCAAGACAUCAUUUGGAUCCACAUCGCAUAGAACGCCUAGGUGCUGAAGAAAUGGCUCUUGCAACCCAUCACCCCAGUGCCUUCGACAGGGUGCUGCGACUCAACCCCAUGGCCAUGGAGCCUCCAGCUAUGGAUUUCUCCAGGCGGCUUAGGGAGUUAGCUGGAAACACCUCUAGUCCACCAUUGUCACCGAACCGGCCCAGCCCUAUGCAAAGGUUACUACAACCAUUCCAGCCAGGCAGCAAGCCACCAUUUCUGGCAACACCUCCUCUUCCUCCUCUUCAAUCUGCUCCUCCUCCUUCUCAGCCUCCUAUCAAAUCCAAGUCCUGUGAAUUUUGUGGGAAAACCUUUAAAUUUCAGAGCAACUUAGUUGUCCAUCGUAGAAGCCACACUGGAGAAAAACCCUACAAGUGCAACCUUUGUGACCAUGCAUGCACUCAAGCAAGCAAGUUAAAACGCCACAUGAAAACACACAUGCACAAAUCCUCCCCAAUGACUGUGAAGUCAGAUGAUGGCCUCUCAACAGCCAGUUCCCCAGAGCCUGGAACCAGUGAUCUUGUUGGCAGUGCUAGCAGUGCCCUCAAAUCUGUGGUGGCUAAGUUUAAAAGUGAGAAUGAUUCCAAUAUUAUUCCAGAAAAUGGGGAUGAAGAAGAGGAAGAAGAGGAGGAGGAGGAGGAAGAGGAGGAAGAAGAAGAAGAGGAGGAUUUGACUGAAAAUGAAAGGCCAGACUAUGGUUUUGGCAUCAAUCUAGAAGCAGCUCGGCACCAUGAAAACAAUUCCCGGUCUAUUGAGGAGAAUCGUUCUAUCCCGGAUGUCAUGCAAGGGAUGGUCCUGAGUUCCAUGCAGCACUUCAGUGAGGCUUUCCAUCAGGUUCUUGGUGAGAAACAUAAACGAGGGCACUUAUCUGAAUCUGAGGUGCAUAGAGAUACAUGUGAUGAAGACUCAGUAGCUGGUGAAUCUGAUCGCAUCGAUGAUGGUGCUAUUAAUGGUCGGGGGUGUUCCCCUGGUGAAUCUGCCUCCGGAGGUUUGUCCAAAAAGCUGCUCUUGGGUAGCCCAAGCUCCCUAAGUCCUUUUUCUAAACGCAUCAAACUUGAGAAGGAGUUUGACCUUCCCACGACAGCUAUGCCUAACACUGAAAAUGUUUACUCCCAGUGGCUAGCUGGGUAUGCUGCUUCUCGGCAGCUAAAAGAUCCAUUCCUCAACUUUGGAGACUCCCGACAAUCGCCUUUUGCUUCCUCCUCAGAACACUCCUCUGAAAAUGGAAGUUUACGCUUCUCGACGCCUCCCGGGGAGAUGGAUGGAGGGAUAUCAGGCCGCAGCGGUACAGGAAGUGGAGGGAGCACCCCGCAUAUUAGUGGUCCAGGCCCUGGAAGGCCUAGUUCAAAAGAGGGCAGACGCAGCGACACUUGUGAGUACUGUGGGAAAGUCUUCAAGAACUGUAGUAACCUCACUGUCCACAGGAGAAGCCACACUGGGGAAAGGCCUUAUAAAUGUGAGCUGUGUAACUACGCCUGCGCCCAGAGUAGCAAACUCACCAGGCACAUGAAAACGCAUGGUCAGGUGGGGAAGGACGUUUACAAAUGUGAAAUUUGUAAGAUGCCUUUUAGCGUGUACAGUACCCUGGAAAAACACAUGAAAAAAUGGCACAGUGAUCGAGUCUUGAAUAAUGACAUAAAAACUGAAUAGAGGUAUAUUAACUUGACCCCCUUCUCCUUCCUUCCCCCAAUUUAUUCCUGGCCCCCUGUGUAGAGAUUUUCUAGUCCCUUGUGAGUAAAAUAUUGGAAGCUAAGAAUGGUAUUCAGAAAGUGCUUGUCACCAGCACACCUGUUUUCAUCUUCCUUUUUGUUUUGUUUUUCCUUUCUUUUCUGUUUUCAUCAUUUGAAUGCAUGAUCUGUAUUGGGGCAAUACUACGCAAACUUUGAGCCUUUCUCUUGUGCAAUAAUUUACAUGUUGUGUAUGUUUAUUAAUUUUUUAAAAAAUUAGACAGCAUGUAUGGUAUGUUAUGGCUGUUUUUUUUUAAAAAAAUGUCCCCAAAUUCUUUGCUGAGCAAACAGACAAAAAGAUCUCUCACACACAUGCACAGCACCAUGGCUGUUUCCAGUGAUAUUCCAGGAAAACCCACAGAGAGAGAGAGAGAGAGAGAGAGAGAAAGAGAAAGAGAGAAAGAGAAAGAGAGAAAAGCAAAACAAGAAUUUUUAAACAACCAACCAUGCUGCAUACAUUCUGUAAUAUAUCAUAUCCAUGUUUUAAAAAAUAAAUGAAAAUGUGCUUUGAAUUAACCCUUUAUCAAUAGACAGAUAACACUGAAAAGGGGAAAACAUUCCUUGUUACUUUGAUUUCUGUCUUUAAAACAUUGACAAUAUCAAUUAAUUUUUGGUGGGGAGAUAAGUCUUUAAUUGAAAAAUGAGGAAAUGAGAGCAAAGAUAAAUUUGUACUAUCAUUUGGUUUAAAAUGGAAAUCUGAGUGCCUUGAAUAUAUUUAAGCCAUGUUGGUGGCAACUACUUGUUUUAAACUUGUAGGACAACUUUCGCACUGGGCAAUGUAAAUGAGUCCUUUAGGACCUAGCCGAUAACUCUGUAUUAUAUUUUUCACAACAGUGGCUACCUAAAAAACAAAAACAAAGAAACCCAACAAAUCCUAGUUAAUCAUCAUUCAAUCCCCUCCUCAGUCCACCUUUUUUUAAAAAAAAGAGUGAUCAUAGAACUGAAAUUUAUUUUGCUCUAGGAGAGUUUAAAACAAUCACUAUUAUCAGAGGGAAUGCUUCUCUCAGGUUAAAAUAUUACUAACCUGUAUCAGUCCCUCCCCUUCCCCUUCUCUUCUCCCUCAUUUCCAUUUUAAAAUUAUUUUAUUGAUAAAAAGAAUGUGACUUGUGCAAAAGGCCUUGGAAGAUGAUUAAGGACAUGAGAAAGAAAAUUCACAUUAUAAAGAUUUUUUUAAAAAAAAUCUUAGUGAUCCUGGCACAAAAUAAGACUUAACCGUAAAAACAGACACUAUUAAGUGCAGGUCUAGUUGGUUGUUAACUAGACAAUCAAAUUAACAAUGCACAAACAUGUGUAUCAUAUAUCAAUCUAUGAUUUUCCUCUAUAUAAGGAAAGGUGUAUAAACAGUCUGGCAAUAAUAUUUUACUGAAGUGUAUAAAUAUAUAUAGUGAUUUAUUAGCACUGUUUGCCAUUUAAAAUUAAGAACAGGUUAUAAGCUAAUAUUGAUAUGAUGAUUAACUAUGAACUAUUAAGAUUUGCCUUGAUGUGUGACAUUCUGAGAGAGAGAGAGAAAGAAAGAGAAAGAGUAGUAGUGCUCCCUAAAAGUUGUUCUUCAUUUUGUUUCUUUUUAAACCUAUGCUAUGUGCUUGUUGUAUUGACAAGAAAAAAGGAUUCAUUGCUUUAUGAUUAAGCUAGCAUCUGCCCCGCUGGAAGUUCACAUAGCACUUGACUCUGCCUGUCGUGUCUGUAUUGUUUCUUUUAAUCAGAGGUACACAGGUUGAGUAUAAAAAUCUUUUUUAAGACUGCUCAGAUAGGACAAUUUAAAUGCACUGUACAAUUUUCCCAGUUUACAGGUCUAUACUUUAAAGGGAAAAAUUGCAAGAUAAAUGUUUUUUUUAAUGAGCAUGAUCUCAUGAUAAACAUAUAAAUAAUUCUGCCAGCUUGCCAUUUUACUUGACUAAUGAGUGGGACAUAACAUUAUGGCGCUGUAAAUGGGAACAAGUCCUGCAGUUAUGUCAAAAAAAACAAAAAAAACCCAGACAUUGGUCUUGCUCCUGCAGUGCAAAGAAGUGGUUAUUUUGUACAAAACUUUUAAAAAUAUAAAUGUUAUGAUUUUUUUAAAAAAAAUUCAUUAUGUUUAGGGGAAAAUGUAUUUUAGAAUUCAUUGUCUUGGUGGUGUACAAGACCUGUUCUUCACUGAAAACCAGUAGUUAAAAAUCCUAUGCCUUGGAUAUACAUACAACAUUUCAGGUUGUAAAAUAAAUACUUUGGAAAAAGGUUUAACAAUAUUUAGUACUUAAAUAUAGGAAAAUGCACACUCCUGUUGAUUCCUAUGCUAAGAAGAGGAAAAGCAAACAAAAGGAAAAGAAGAAAAACACAUUUAUGGUCUCUUUUUUCUGUAAUUUUUAGAAUGGUAUUUGAAUUUAAUGUUCACCUAGAGUAGGCACUAUAGUAUUUAUAAUGAAGCUUGUAUUUUUAAUUGUUGCUUGUUUCUCUUUUUUUUUUUAAAAAAAGAGUAUCAGUUACCUUUUUUGGUUGUGGAAAAACAUACACACAAACAAAAAACAAAUAGGCUGCCACAGUAUAUAUUUUUUAAUUUGGCAGGAUAAUAUAGUGCAAAAUAUUUGUAUGUUUCAAAAAAUAAUGACAAGGAAAGUGUGACAUUGUACAGAUAAGAGGCCAUAUAAUGGCUGUUUUGGGGGAGGGG